CCAGUAGAGGGCGCUAGAAACGUUCUAAAGUCACCAUUAUUCAUAAAAAUUGGAAAAAUGUUAGAUGGAAUCUGUCGAAAAUGAAGAAUUCGGUUUUUCUGUUUCGUAGAACUUUAGAUGUGUAGUAAAUAAAUUUAAUAAUCAUAAUGAUUUAAUUUUAAGGCAGUGAAAACAUAAGAAAAGGUGGAGAGGGUGAUUUGAGUGUGGUAAAGUCAUAAGACUUGUGUCAUCUGUCUGAUUGCUCUUCCUUCAAGAUGGCUCCUCCACCGGAGUAUGAUAAGGAACCGAAAGCCCCAGAUAAAAGUGUCACAAAUAUUUCUACCGACGAUUCGAAAGUUUUAUACAAUCUAGUAAAGGAACAGCAAAAUAAUUCGGACCAUAAGCCUUCCAACAACGCAGCUAAUACUGAUGUUGAGAAUAACAAGCACGUGGGAGCGCUGGACGACGGUCAGUUGCGCGCCUUGCUGGACGAGGCCAUAGCGUACAAACGGCCCAAAGACCGCGAAGGCAAGAGCAGUCUAUUCAAGGAGCUACUUGAAGAGGUGGAGCAGGACGAGCAGGCUUGCGAGGCGGCGGCGCGCAGCGUGACCGGGCGGCGUGGCGCUCGCGGCAGCGGCGCUGGUGGGGGCGGGGCCGGCGCGGGAGGGGGCGGGGCGCACGGGCGGCGCGCUCUGCCGCACUCCAACUCGCUGCAGGACCUGAUGGCGGCCGCGCUCGCCGCCGAGCAGCCGCGACAACGCGCGCACGCGCAUCCCCCACCAGCCUCGGUGUCGGCGCGCGCGCAUCACGGCGGCAGUCUGCCCUCCGGCGUCGAUACCUCGUUUAUGCUGAGCGAGGAGCCGACUCGAGGUGGCUACUUGGCCACAGUGCGCUGCGUCAACCCGCCGCCGCUCGCCGAGCGCCGCGUCUCCGCCAGCGACGCCAACGGACCAGCGGAACUCGACCACCUCAACAGACGGAGUAAGCCGAUGUUCCCGGUGACGUACACGGCCCGCGCCACACUCGAGAUAGGCAGCGGCAGCGUCUGCUCCGGCCGCGCCGUCACCACCACCACGCCGUCCAACCAGGUGGACGCCGCGAUACCGUUCAGCUGCAUCACAACACCGGAGGUUGUUUCCAGCUGCAACACCACCCCCGCGCACCCCGCGCACCCCGCGCACCCCGCGCUCACCACCCUCCCCGCACUCGCAGUCGACCCCAAGCCUCGCAGCGUGAUAUCUAGCAGUCUGAACGGGCUGCCGCUAACGAGGUCGGGCUUCGUCACCGGCGCCUCCGCCUCCGCCUCCGCCUCCGCCUCCGCCUCCGCCAGCGCCGACGAGUGUAAGAAAUCACUAGACGAAAACGGCAACUCAGUCCAGGGUUUCACUUCACCGCUGUCCGGAUCUAGUCACAACAAGAAGCCGCGGAGGAAAAAGUCCUCCAAAAACGAGACCGUCAUCAAGUCGCAGGAGAUCGACGGGUACCAGGGGAACAAGGAUCUGAACGAGGUGCUGCGCUUCAUCGAGUCCAAUGCGGAGAGCGCGCGCUCCAACAAAGUGCGCGCCAAGCACAAGGACGACGACGACAAGGGCAAGAAGCGCUCCACCGAGCGUCGCAAGGACAAGGAGAGCAAGGUGAAGCGCGCCUCCUCGCUCGAGGAGCUGUCGCGCACCACGCUCGCCGACCUCACCGACAAGCCCGCGCCGCGACCCGAGCCCGCCAAGCCCAAGCCCGAGCGCCGCUCCUGGGGCGAGGACGCGCGCGAGUCGAGAGACUUCGCCGACAACGCCGCCGCCGCCGCCGCCCUCGAGCUCACCGACUUCCAGACCGUCACCAAGAAGCGCAAGCCGCGUCGCCGCACCGACGAGCCGGAGCCGCCGCGUCGCGCCCGGCCCCCCGCCCCGCCCUCCGACCGCAGCAACGACUCCAACGACGACAUGGACUCCGUGCACUCGCUGCACUCCCUGCCCGCAGACGCGACGCCCGCCCGCCCCGCGCCCCCGCACCCGCACGCCUCAUACGCCGACAUCGCGCGCACGCGCCACAACAUACCCGACCUCAUCGAGUCGUGCAACUUCUACGAGACCGAGGUGGGCGGCGAACCGACGCGCGUCGAGCCCGCGCCCGCCGCCGCGCCGCCCGCCGGCGACGACUACCCCUCGCUGGAGGUGCUCGAGGCGCGCAAGAAACGCGACAAGCCGCGCGCCGCUCGCAAGGAGCGCGCCGAGAGCGAGGCGCCCGCACCCGACGUGGUGUCGGACAGGCGGCCCGCCGUCAUACUGCUGGACCGCGCCUCGCGACCCCACGACAUGGACGGCGUCACGUUCGGCUUCGACAUCAACGAGCAGCUGGUGGGUGCGCGCCGGCCGCGCUGCGACCUGGUGUGCGACGCGCUCGAGGGCGCAGUGCCGGUGCCGGUGCGCGCCGGCCCGCUGCGCUACCUGCCGCCGCCGCCGCCGCCCCCCGCACACCAACACACGCACCUGCUGCAGAUUGUCGACUAUGUUGGCGGAGCGUGGGAGGACGUGGUGCGGUGUGGCGGCGGCAAGGUGCGCUACUUCAGCGAGUAGCGGUCGCGGUGAGCUGCGCAGUGAAAGUGUUCAGUGCUAGUGAACUCAAUAUUGUCCAUAACUGACAUCGGAUAAACGCUUACAGACGUGUGCGCGUCGGAUAUCGCCGCUUAUAUUUUUAUUAUAGUGAAUAAAUGAAUCGAUUCCGAACGGUAACAUUGGUCAGGAACUGUUCCUAGUGCGUGUUUAGAACAUUUUGUGAACGAUACAAGUGUUUCUACGUUCGUCGCGCGAUUUAAAUGUGAUCGCUGUGUUAAUGUUCUCUUCCUAAGUGAAUUUCGAAGCUUCGAAGUGGAUUGUCUCGCUCUAUCUAAUACUCUGUGGAGUCUAUGUUAGCGUUCUCGCUGUGAUUAAAAAAAAGUUUUCGCUAUGUAUAUAAAAGGACUAGAGCUUAUGUGGGCAUUUAACUAUCACAUUUGCACCUAUAUUGUAAAGAAAAAAUAAAAAAAAUAAGAGAUUGCGCUCCUACCUGCCAUUGUUUUGUCUUGAGGACGCUUUAUUUAUUUGUUUGGUGUAUGAAGGUGUAUGACCUGGUACAUAGCCCAUAUUGUAUGGUAAACGAAGCAUAUAUUUUGUCUGUGCAUUUCCUUUUGAAGUUUUAAUAUUGCCUUUAGAAGCUAGCUUGUUUGACAUAUGACUGGUUUGAAUAUGUUCUGUCUUUGAUGGAUUGCUGAGACUGUGAGUAUUCACUACCAUAAUGUUUAGAUGCUUUGGCAGUGAAAAUUCAG